AUGUCGUGGACUAAGGAUGGCUUUUCAUACAUAUUGAUGGAGUUAUGUGAAUGCGAUUUGAAUGCAUUGAUUGACUCCAUGAAAGGGCUGACCAAAUGUGGCGAAAAUAUAGAGCCCAACCAUUUCGAGUACUUCGUGUCGUUUAGUAUAUUCUAUGAGAUAGCACAGGGAGUCCAUUACAUCCACUCACUCGAACCGCACCCCAUUAUGCACCGGGACCUCAAGCCAUCCAAUAUUCUAAUGGACAGGAAUGGCGUAUUGAAGCUAGCAGAUUUUGGUCUGGCUAAGGUGGUAGAAGGGAAUGGCGUAUUGAAGCUAGCAGAUUUUGGUCUGGCUAAGGUGGUAGAAGGGUCGGUGACGGUGACACAUACAUCAGGAGUAGGCGCCGAUUUUUAUAGGGCGCCCGAAGUUAGUAAAGGUUCGCUUUCUCACUACAAACAGUCGGCCGAUAUGUAUAGCCUGGUUUAUCCGAAACAAAUGUAACUGGAAGGAUUCAAACUUUGCGCGAUAUUAUAAAUAAAAUGAUCACGGUUAGAUUUAAUGCUCGACCAAAUAGUGAGCGACUGCUAGAAAUGCUGAGCGAAAUUGAGCCAGUUGAUAUGGAAUCAGUUUUGGCCGAGUACCUGGAUUAUACUGAUGAGUUACAAAAUGAUAAACACAAAAAUCUGUAUACAUACAUAUCCACCAAAAUUGAUAAUCUAUUGCAAAAUAUUGACAAUAUUAGUGCUAAUGAAACCAACCUUGAUGAUGAAUUAAAA